AUGGCUCCACCAUCUCAACCGGGUAUGUAUGACAAUACGGAGAUAAAAACAGUGGCUUGCACUGAAUAUCUAUUGCAUGAGUUCUCCAAUAAUGCUAUGACGGGCUGGGAAUUGACUAUCAAAUCGAACGGCGCAAAAAUUCGUACAAAUCUAUAUUUAAUGGACUCUACGGAAAUCAAAAAAUCGCCUUGCCAAUUCUUUUUAGUUGAUAACGUUGAUUUCGGAGAGUAUGAUAAGCUGAUGGCAGGAACAAUGGAAACAAAGGAUAUCUCGAAAAUUUUCAGUGAGAUAAAGUUGUGUGGGAAACACCACAAUCGCAACUUGUACCUUCGCUGUGUGCCUCCGUGUCAACUUUAUCAAGAAGAAGAUCAUCGAGUGUUUGUUCAAGACGUCGUCGAAAUUGUUCCAUUGAUUUGGGAGAAACAAGCGCCCAAAAAUUCCAAAAGAUUAUUUUCUGAUAAAAGACAAUUCAAUGCAUUAUGUAGAAGUUGGGAAACUGAGAAGCGACAUUUGGAGCACACAAUUACUCUUCAUGAAUUUAAGAGGAUUUUGAAAAUUUUGGAUUGCGAUGCUUCAUUGGUUACGGUUAUCGAAGACCCGUUAUCAAUGAUAACUCAAGAAGAAAUGCUCCAAGAAGUGGGAUUUGUGAGAACAUGUGCUCCGAAUCUCGCUCUCGUCAUGAAUCAGUUUCAAUCCCUUUUCUUCGUAUUUCAUAAUUUGGUAAACGGAGUCAAUUGGAGGAACGAGAUGUGCAAGGAGCAUGUGAAUUGUAAUGCUAAGCUGCAGACAAACAUUUUGAAGCUACUCUAUGAAAUCGUUAAAAACAAGGAUGGAACCUUCUACCACUUCUCAUACGUAAUGGAAUCUGUUCAAAGAAUCAAAGAACAGUGCCCAGUCAAAUACCUUCAACCUCGAAUGACCCCAGAUUACCUCUUCCAACAUCUCAAAUCAGAUCUGCUGAUGCCAUUGGACUACUAUGCAGACGUUGUUGAACAUUACAACAUUCUCUAUAUGGAUGCUCACUAUCGAACGAUUUCCAGCCAAAUGCAAGUCUAUGCGGCCAGAUUCUUGAUUCAAUUGGGAUGGGUUAUUCAGUUUUUUGAUAAGGAGAAGGAUGAUAAGCUGGCGAGAGCUGUUGUUGGAGUCGCAUUGUUUUUUAUUCAACCAGAGGGAAGGAAGCGAGGAAUUGAAUUGAUUAACAAAAUCAUGUUGGAAGCGAUGGAAGUUAGACGAACAUGGAAUGGACAACCAGAGUCGCCUGAAUCUCUAAAAGGGCCGUUACCAGGAAUGGCGCCUUAUGUACGGCCAACAAUAGACCAAAAUACAGUAAGAAAUGUGGAGAAUCCAGUGACGCCAGAAGCUUAUAACGAUGCAUGCGAUAAUUGCAAAUUUAUGCUCGACAAAGUUAUGAUGCUGCAAGGUGACAUUGAGAAUUCGAUUCGGAGAGUUCGAGAUGUGGAUACUCUUGUCCAGAAAGCACCACAAAUGAAGACGGAGGCACAAAUGAAGCAGAAACAAAUUGAUGAGUUGAAACAAAAAAUCGAAAUUCGGAAACAAGCACUUCCACAAGCGGAUAAAAAAUUGUAUGAUCUCAAGGAGCGGAAUCAUGAACUUUCUCAACAAAUGGAAGUUUCCGAGCAGCGAAUGACCGAGCUCACCGAGAAGCGACGAGUUUGCAGAAAUCGAAUUGAAGAAGUCACAAAACUCAACGAGGAGCUGAAACAGAGGUUGGCAGAAUUGGUUCAAGCUCAAAAACACAAAGAAAAUGAGCCAAAUGGAAGUUGCGGAGCUCCAAUAGAAAUUCAGGAGAAGCAGGAAAAAAUUGAAGAACUCAAAAAAAAGCAGCAGCAACUGGAAACUAUUGUGGAACUUCAAGCAAUAAAAAUCAAAGACAAUGGAUUAGAAAAUAAAGAGAAAAUUGUUUGA